CCCGAGGGCGGCAGCUGUAAUCCAGAAUUCCAUGUAUGUAGAUGAUGCGCUGUUUGGAGGUCACUCAAUAAAAGAGGCAUUGGAGGUUGUUACCAUCAUUUCAAUGAUGCAAUAUGGAAAUUAAAAAAAAUAAUCAACUGAAUACAACAAGAGAAGGCCGCAAUGUGACAAGAAUGAGCUCAAUGAUUCCCUUAGUUCCAGCUAAUCUCAUACCAGAGGCAUGGCGCCAAAUUAUAGAAUCGGCCCGAUUCAAUCGGGGGACAACUCGCCUGAAAUAAGGCGUUUUCACCGAUAUGUCGAGUCCACUUUGUAUCCAAGACAUUCUCCGGAUUUAUUAACCUGUGCCGGCCAACGCAACAGAACUACGAAUGCCUUAGAGGGAUGGCACCGAAGAAUUGAUGCUCGUAUGACAAAGAACCCCAACUUAUAUUAUUUUACAUAUAAAUUAAAAAAAGAAACCAAGUAUUGGGAUGGCCGUAUAAUUCGCUAUUUAAGAAGAUGAACAAAAAUAGAAGGCUCAGAGAUAUCCAGUUCGACAGAAAAUAUAACAGAUAUUUAAAAAGAUUGCGAGAACACAAACUAAGUGGUUCAAUUUUUGACAAAAUUUAAAUAUUUGAGACUGAGCUUGUUCAAUUUAUAUUAAUCGAACUAAAAAAAAAUUGUUCGGUAGUGAAACAUUUAAUUAAGUUUUUUUUUUCACUCUUUCUUUCAUUGAAGUUGUAGACAAAGAAUUAAGUAAGCAAAAGAAAGAAAACAAGUUGUCUACAACAUUUUCUUCAGAACCACAUACAGUAGUUUGGAAAAGUGGCAAUUCGGUAGCGGCCCAGUCUCCUAAUGGAAACAUAGUGAGAAGGAAUUCAUCAUUUUUCCAGCCCAUUCAUACAAGAGAUAUGGAAAGGUUUAGAUGUUCAUAUUUUAGAAUGUGUUUAUAAUAACAAUAAAUAACUUUCUAGUAACCGUAGGCCACGAUGCGUUGUAUAUCUAGUAAGUACAUCAAUGAUGCCAAGGUUACAUCAGGUCUUAGAAUAUAGUAUAAGUUUUGUAUUCUUUAGAUAAGUUUUUGCGAGAUAAUUGUUUACCAUGCAAGUGUUGCACAUUUAACAGAGAAUGUUGCUUGAUUUAGUUUUCUUAAGUUAGGAAACUUUGAUGUUAAUUUACAAAACGUGUAGGGAGACCGGAGCAAGAUGAAGUUCGGGGCAGUACGGGAAGUAAGCUUGUGUGCGUGAAUGGUAAUAGUGUUCAGAGCGGCAACAGCGCCAUUUGCACGAACUUCACUCUCCGCUAGUGCGUCCAAGCAGAGCGAACAGGUUAGAACUCGUUUUUGCGUUGCAGAGAGAAAAAAGUGAUAUUGCAAGUGUUUUUACGCGAUAUUUGAUCCGAAAACUGAUGUACAGACAUAUAAAAUGGUGCGCAACUAUAAACGAAAAACAGAUCGUGGCAAAUGGAACGAAGAAGAUAUGAGAAGAGCAGUAGCUGCUGUUCUUACUGAUAGAAUGGGAUUUCUUCGAGCCUCGGCUACUUACGAUGUUCCGAAGUCGACCUUAGAACGACGAGUAAGAAAAGCUCGUGAAACUGUUAAUGACGACACUGAUUCUGAUAACGACUGCGGGAAAAAACAUUUGGGAAGAUUCAAAACUGUUUUCACAGCCGAGCAAGAAAAUGAGCUGGCGGAGUAUGUGAAAUCUAUGGAAGCACGGCUUUUUGGUUUAACGGGAAAAGAGCUUCGUAUUAUAGCUUAUCAGUUAGCUCAGCGUAAUCACAUAGAUAACCCAUUUAAUACAGAAACUGGUAUGGCAGGAGAAGAUUGGCUCAGCGGGUUUUUAAAACGACACCCUGAUCUAGCAUACAGACGUCCAGAACCAACUUCAGCUGCAAGAGCGAUGGGUUUUAACAGAGUGGCAGUCAACAAUUUUUUUAAAUUGUUGGAAAAUGUUAUAGAUAAACAUAAACUGACACCUGAAAGGAUCUACAAUGUAGACGAAACGGGGAUCAGUACUGUUCCCAAAAGUCAGUCUAAGAUAUUGUCAAUGAAGGGUUAGAAGCAAGUCGGCUGCCUCUCAUCAGCAGAGAGAGGCCAGUUGGUCACUGCUGAAAUUUGUUUUAAUGCCGUUGGCACCUAUGUCCCACCAAUGCUAAUAUACGCUCGGAAGCGCAUGAAAGAAGAACUUUUGGAUGAUGCUCCGUCAGGGUUUUGGGGAACUUGCAGUGACAAUGGCUGGAUUACUACAAAAAUAUUUUUUGAUUGGUUUAAAUCAUUCGUGCAGUUUGCACAACCGACAAAAGAAAAGCCUAUAUUGCUUCUGUUAGACGGUCACUCUUCACAUACCAAAAAUAUUGACCUUAUAGAUUAUGCAAGAGAAAAUAAUGUGAUUUUAUUAUGUACACCACCACAUUGUACUCACAAAUUGCAGCCUUUAGACGUGUCUUUCAUGAGACCUUUAAGCACGUACUACAGUGCAGAAGUUAAAAAAUGGCUGAGAGAUCACCCUGGUCGCGUGGUUACACCAUAUCAAGUGGCAAAACUUUUUGGACAAGCUUACUUGACAGCAGCUACAAUGCUCACAGCCAUAAAUGGAUUUCGGAAAUGUGGUAUAUGGCCAUUAGAUAAAAAUGUUUUUACGGAUGCUGAUUUCAUAGCUGCGGAGACGACUAACACAGAAAAUCUGGCAAGAGAAGAGCUAAAUAUGGAAAAUGCUCCAUCAACUUCGACAUCCGAACCAGCAAUCACUGAAGAAAAUCUCUCGCGGCCAUCCCCUUCAGUUCACCUUGGACAAAUCUCGUCUGCAACCCAGCAAAAUAAUGUACCUUCUUCAGUUAUUUGUUCCCAGGCUGAAAAUAGUCGUGGUCGAACCACAUCAGAAAAUCAAGAAAACAUCAUUACUAACCCAAACUUACAUAUUGAUGAAGGAGGUGGUUCAGAACCUCUGAUAUCCUCAGAAAAUGCUGUACAUCCAGUUUUAUCCACUGAAAAAGAAGAUAUUGCUGAACCAGCCACAUCUUUUUUGAAUAACAAUGAUGCCCUGAUUUUGUUGAAUUCUCAAAUUGACAUUUCUGUGACUACCACGUCUUCUCAAAACGUUGCUGCAGAUGCUGAUUUCAAUAGAUAUUCUCCAGAGAUUAUUAAUACUAGAAGGAGCCCUGAAAAAACAUUGGCCGAGCAACCUUCAACGUCGACAUUUCGAGCUAAAGACAAAACUCCCGAAAGGCAAAUAAAAAUAAAUUUUCUGGUAAGUCCUGAAAAUAUUAUGGCUAUACCUAAAGAAGUUAGAACUCAGGAGAGGAAGACUAGGAAACGAGGGAAGACUGCAAUACUAACUGAAUCACCUUACAAAAAUGAACUCAUGAAAGAUAUAAGUAUUAAAGAAGGUAAAAAUAAAAAAAAGACUGAUAAUCAAGUGAUUCAAAAACGUAAAAAACAAAUGAAGAAACCUGGAAAAAAGACUGCAAAGAAGAUUAAAAAGACAACUGACAAGGAAAACUUGCAGAAAAAGCGUCAAACCAAAAGGUGCAAAAAUGAAACUAAAUCGGAAGAUAGUUCAUCCCAAGAAGAGGAGGAUGACUGUGCUUGCAUCUAUUGUGGGUACUUAUACUCAGAUUCAACUGAGGGUUGGGUCAUUUGCGGCGUGUGUCACGGUUGGGCGCAUAAUUCAUGUGCUGGAGUAGAUGAGGAAGACGAAGAGGCACACAUUUGUGAACGCUGUCUACCUGAUUAAAAAGCAUACUCGUUUUGCCCCACAGCGUUUCCCAUCAUGCCCCAGUUAUGGGGCAAAACGGGAAAUUUGCCGAGUUUACUAUUAAAUUAUUUGCCAAAAAAAGUUCUGUGAUUUUGCAUGCUACAAAGUUUAAUUAUAAGAGAGAAAUGUAUAAUGGUUACCUCUUUUGUUAAAGAAUGAUAUUAAAGAGUUUAAUUUUCUUUGUAUAACGAGUUUUGUCUUAGCUAUCUCAUCUUGCCCCAGUCUCCCCUAAGUAUGUUAAUUUUGGUAUCUAUUGCCUGCUUUAUAUUUAUUUUGAAUACCUUCAUAAGAACAAAACUUUUGUUAUUGCGAUACCUAUCAAGUUAAGCUCUUACUUAAUUAAGAAAGAAAGGGAUUGUAGAGAUGUAAAGCGUCUCUAUUCCCGGCUGUCCUUCAGACGUCUCGUCACUUUUAGUGUCAAAUGAUUACUGUGUACGCUGUGGUUAAAAUCUGAUAUUGAAACCGUGUAAUUUUGGAAAUAAAAGGUUAGAAAAAGUAUAUGAAACAGUUUAUUAAUUACCGAAGAACCCUACA